AUGAAGAGGAUUGUUUUGUGUCUACAUGGUAGCCGCCAAACUGCAGAGAUCUUUCAAAACCAACUCAGUAAAUUGAUCGAUACUUUAGCUGACGUGGCCUCGUUUGAAUUUUUAGACGCUCCUUUUCUGCUUCCUCUUCUUCAUCCCGACGAUGAUGUCCGCACACGAUCGUGGUGCUGCCCUGGUCUUGAAGCAUCACCUGAAUCCAUCGCUCUAGAUGGAGAUACCGCAACGGGUUCAAAUGGCGAUGAAAAUCACCUAAAUGCAAGUUAUGUUGAUAGCGAUCGUUUAUUGGAUGAGCGCAUGCAGCGACAGCCCUUUCCGGAUAUUCUCCUUGGCUUUUCUCAAGGAGGUCUAAUGGUUUGCCGGUAUCUUAUGCGGCAUUCUGAGGAAGACAGUACAUUGAAGGCGGCUAUUUUUAUUGGCACACCGGACCCCAGAAAAGUCUUCGCCAGAACGGAUUUACUGGAUCAAUACAUAGAGCGGCAAUCGGCUAAGGCAAACUGUGACUAUAACACUGAGCAACCUUUUCUAGGUGACAUCCGUUCUCUGCAUAUUAUAGGUAGGAAAGAUAAAAUUGUCUUACCUAGUGAGAGUAUCGCCUUUGCUGAAGCUUGUGGCCCAACAGCGGAAGUGUUGGUUCACGAGCAUUCCCACAGUGUCCCACAGCUGCAAGUUUUGUUUUCGUCCAUUCGGGUUUUAAUUAACGGACUUAAUGUAAAUCUGGAAGCCGAGCAAGCAUUCACUGAAGAACGGGGGAAAGAGAUCGAGAUGAUUGCCAUGAUGUACGGCGAUGAGUGUGUGUGCAAUCGUUCUCGUUCUUUGGAUGCUAUUGUGACGCUGCCACUUCUGGAUGAGGGGCAGCUUCCCGAUGGGCCUGAGUCAUGCGCUCUGGCAAAGUUGGGUCUCCAGUUUCGUGUUCCACCACGGUAUCCGGUGGCAUCACCAGUACUGAAUAUUGUCGGGGGUCCCACAACAAAAGAUGCGAUGUUUGAACGAUGGUGCGCUGAUAUGGUAGCUCGCUGCACGGGGUACAUGUUGGACGAUGCCGCCUUGUAUGGGCAAAUACUCCUGCCAACUCGCAUGUUUGCAAACGAGCAAGCAUAUGCGUCGAUAUCAUUUUUGAAGGAUGUGUUUGCGACGCAUUUUCACAAUACAGACCCAGGGGAUGAUGUCGAUGCUACUCAAUGUGCUAAAGAACACAUGGUAAGCGAAUGGACAUCUGAGGAUGAUGCGAGUCGUUCACAAUACAUUUUAGAAACAGAGGAGGAGGCCAGGUCUCUUCUGGACCGUAGAGCAUCAGCACCGAAUAAAUUUGCUCAAAUUGAUCAGACAAGUGUUCAGAGUUCGCGUGGAGGGGUGCUGGGGGGUGGAGGUUUAGCGUUUCAGAGAAGCGGCGGCACGUGGACCCCAGUAAUUGGGCUUAUUGGUAAACCUAGUGCGGGGAAGAGCACGUUCUUUAAUGCCAUAACUGAUCCUCAAAGUGAAAGUGAGGCUGCGCGUGUUGCAGCCUUUCCUUUUACCACUAUCGAGUCAAAUAUUGGGACCGGGUUUGGUUUAAUUCGGUGUCCGUGCAGUGUGCUUCUGCAAGGUCCUAAAUGUAUCGAGCGUAGGGCGCAACUAUCAACCAACCUUACUUUUGGCAUUGAGAAAUGUGAUGCGCGUUACGGACAUGCAUGUGUUCGUGGUAGCAGCGAUUACCGACGACAUCCCAUCUUAGUGAAGGAUGUGGCUGGUCUCGUUCAAGGGGCUUAUCAAGGGAAAGGCAAGGGAAAUCAGUUCUUGAAUGAUCUAUGCGAUGCGUGUGUACUGGUGCACGUGGUGGAUGGGGCGGGUGUGACAGAUGCUGGUGGGUCUUCAUGUACUCCAGGCCAGGGUUCUACCCUUGAUGACAUCACGUGGAUUCGCAAAGAAGUGCACAAUUGGAUUUAUGACAACCUUCGUGCUAAAUGGGAGGUAAUUCUACGAACGCCUAAAAAGCUUCGGGCUAUGUUCACUGGCUAUCAUGCCUCGCCGUCCUUUGUGGACGACAUUCUGCAGCGCAUCGGUAUCACCAAUGAUACGAUGCUCCAAGUCCAACUCAAGACCUGGGGCCCCAGAGAGCUGCAUUUACUUGUCGCUGUUUUCAUUCGUUUGAGGUUUCCGAUAGUAGUAGCUCUGAAUAAAGUAGACCUGCCCACGGCCAAGGGUCUUGUUGAGGAGUUGCAUCGAAGAUAUUCAGGUGAAAACUUUGUUUGCAUGUCCGCCAAGAUCGAAUGGGAUCUUUUGACGUUACGCAAAAAAGGCCUUGUUGAGUAUGUCUCUGGAGCGUCUGACUUUGUGGAUCGAUCAGCAGGCGUGAGUGGCAUGAGCAAGGAGGAUGCAGAACGGCUGAAAAGCAUACGCGCGUUUUUCCAAGCCCUAAAGUCUAAGGAAUGCCAUGAGGAGGAAAAUAUUUCCGAAUCAGGUUCCAAUACCACUGUCCCACUUUCAAUGUCCUCAACAGGGGUGCAGGAUGUUAUUGCAGACGCCAUAGAGCGAUGCACGUCUGUGCGUGUGUACCCUGUGAGCGCUUUUCAACCCGUUAUUCCAUCGCUUAAGCAUUGCUUGCUAUUUAUACCGGGAACCACUGCAGAUGACGUGUUUUCAGCCAUGAUUCGGAACAAAAUUGUGGACGGCAAAAUUGUUCGUUUCGAGGCGCUUGAUAUACUAAAGGACGAGAAAACACCAGUUAUAUUAAGGAAGACAGAUGUAUUACCCAACACGACGCUACUGGUUCGAGUACUCUCCAACAAGCGGCAGCUCUUGUAG